AUGCAAGGCGUGUUCCUCCAAUUAAAGCAGACAUCCGGAAUGACAUCUCUAUUUGACACAGACUACUCGACUCUUGUGAUCCUUAUUGUUGCUCUAAUCAUUUACGGUGGCUCGUUGAUUGGUUAUACAUACAUAUUCUACGCUGACCUUAAUCCAAAUUUGGCAAAAUUCAUGAGUAACAUUGGCCUCCUUUUUGGAGCUCUUGCCUUGGUUUUGGAAUUGGUGAUCCUUGUCCCGAUUUUAGGGUUAGGCUUCCUCUUCUUUUGGGUCAUUUGGUUUGUGAGCUUUGUAGUUGUUUGCUUGUCCCCAUACGUCAAAACAUUGUUUACAAGUGCUGUUGGAGGAGUCAUUCAAGCGUUUGAAAAAUUGAAAGAAUAUCUAAACAUGAUCAUUGCCUGUUUCACAAUGGAACCCGAGGAGCAAAAUGGGCUGCCAUAA